UCGAAGGAGGGAGCAAAAGCCAAAGAGCGAUUUCAGUGAAAACGAAAGUAAAUGUUUUCAGGGAGGGGCUGUCGUUCUGAACGUCUUUAUUUUUUACACAUUUGUCCAAGAAAAGGCGGAAAAUGUUCGAUCAGAUUGUGGGAAAGUAAGAGCUGGACUCGAUAAUGAUGAUUUCACUGCUCGCUAUGUUUCUCGAUAUACUUCCUGAUCAGAGUUCUUCUGCAGUGUUUGUGAAAAAUAUCUCAUUGCGGAAUAGUCUGACUUUCUGAAGCUAGAGAUGAGAUCCUUCAAUCACUUCUUGCCCAUGAUGCAAGGAAGACAUUUGAGUAUUGUGCUGCUCCUUGGUUUUCACACUGUGCUGUCAGAGAUAUUCCAUGUGUUUGUACCAGACUAUCCCAUCACAGUCUCUGUGGGUGAAGAUGUUGUACUGGAUUGCCAAGUAGUCCCAGAUAUAUCUCUGGAUACUCUGGAGGUUCGAUGGUUUAUAUCAAAUUCAGCUUCACAAGUUCAUUUAUAUACCGGUGGGCAGGACCGACCUGAUGUACAAGAUAAAGGUUAUCAAGGGAGGACGGAACUGUUUAAAGAUGAGCUUCCUCGUGGAAAUGCCUCUCUGAAACUGAAGAAGAUAGAAGUGUCAGACGAAGGGAUUUACACAUGUUUCAUUAAGUCCAAAACACACCAUGAUCAAGCAGUGAUAGCUCUGAAAGUUGCAGAGUUUGGACAGCGGCCUUGGGUUGAUGUGGAGGAGAACAACAAAGGACUUUGUGUUGUGUGUCGAUCAGACGGAUGGUAUCCUGAGCCACUGAUACAGUGGGUAGAUGGGAAAGGAGAUGCGACAGUACAGUCUGAAACAGAAUUCAUUCAGGACCCCACAGGCCUCAUCACUGUCCAGAGUCGUAUUAAUGUCCAAAGUGAUUCUGUGAACAAGUUUUCAUGUUUCAUAGAAAACCAGUUAUUGAGCAAAAGACGAGAGGCCCAUCUCCAGAUAUCAGAUGAGUUCUUCCCCAGAGUCAAUGCUUGGCUUGUAUGUUUCUUGGUGUUUCUUGGCCUUGUGAUUGCGGCUAUUACUAUUGAUGUAAUAGUCCACAGAAAAGAAGAUGAAAAGAUUAAAGAACUACAGGAAUUCCUCACUUUGGAAGGUUUCAACAAACUGGAAAUAAAUCGUGUCUCUGUGACCCUGGAUGUGGAAACAGCGUAUCCUGAGCUCGAGGUGUCUGAGGAUCUGAAGAGUUUGAGAUGGACCGGGACCCGAAGGGAUCUCCCUGACACCGGGAAGAGGUUUACACACUGGGAGUGUGCCCUGGGAUCAGAGGGAUUCACAUCGGGGAGACAUUACUGGGAGGUGGAGGUGGUGGGGAAUCGGGUCUGGAGACUGGGAGUAGCCUCAGAGUCUGUGGAGAGGAAGGACUGGGUCAGACUGAUCCCUGAGAAUGGAUUCUGGACCAUUGGGCGGAAAUGGGAUCAGUUUUAUAUAAACAACACUCAAUCCCCUCUCCCUGUCGGUCAGGUCCCCGGGAAAGUGGGAGUUUAUCUCAGUUAUGAGUCUGGGACAGUUUCAUUUUACAACGUGGACACCAAGUCCCAUCUCCACACCUUCACUGGGAAUAAAUUCACUGGGAAACUUUAUCCUUUCUUUGGGAGUUGGCAUUUAAACCAGUUUCUGAGAAUCUGCUCUAAGGGGCGGGGGCUCCCUGACGUCACAGUGACCUGACCCUGGGGUCAGGGGUCAGAAACAUACUUUGAGAACAUAUUGGUAUAAAAUAUUCUUUAAAAUUUACAAUUUAUACUUUGUACAAUCAGACUGUAAAUAACUUCAAUAUAAAUAGAAAUGUCAGAUGGACCUGACCUCAGGGUGAGGGACUGGGUCAGAGGUGAGGGGUCAGGGUGUUACUCAAUGUGUCAUUCAAUUUCAAGAUUAUAUUGUUGAAAAUCACAACCAAAGUGUAAAUAAAUCAGACAGAAAUGUAAAUGUCAGGAUUAAAAUAAAAAAUAAAUAAAUGAA